AUGCCCCUCAGCCAAGACCGCCGUGAAAUCAGGCUGGUCCGGCUCCGUCCCCUGCCCGGGUUGGAGCUCAAGACAGACAACAAAAUCUCACUCGAAAUCCGCCACGUUUCGCUCGACGAUGACGACGUCACCUACUCGGCCCUAUCGUAUGUCUGGGGCGACGCCGGCGACACCUUAACAGUCGAUAUUGAUGGCGUUUCCUUCGCUGUCACAAGGAAUCUACACGCAGCGCUGCAGCAGCUCGCCCGAAACGGCGUGGACUCGUGGCUGUGGAUUGAUGCAGUUUGUAUCGCGCAGGCCAAUCUAGGAGAGAAGGGCUGGCAGAUCAAUGCUAUGCGUAAUAUCUUCAGCGGCGCGGAGAUGGUAUACAUGUGGCUAGGUCCUGGGUGCAGGGAGAGUGAUGCUGCAAUGGACUUCAUUUUGCGGGUUGGGCCAGCGCUAAACGAGACCGACAUUAGAAGCCGCGUCAGAUCACAGCACUUGGGAUUAAGAACGAUCACAUCAUACAUCAGUUCUCGUUUCUCUUCACAGGGCGAACCGUUUACGCCCACGCUAGAGUCAAGUUCGGAUUCGGUGGAUAUUGGGAGUAUCUCAACCGAGGUUGAGCAGAACACCUCUCCAGAUGAUGUCCAAGAAAUAAAUUCGGAGAUGAAACUAGCCGUCUACGAACUUUUAUGCGACUUUUUCUCCCAAAAGACACCUCCGCUACAAAUUGGCAUUAAUAACAUACUUCAGAGGGAAUACUGGCACCGCAUAUGGAUCAUACAAGAGGUCACUCUGGCUUGGGAGGCAGUGGUGGUCGUUGGGACCAGGAGCGUCUCGCUUGACGUCUUCGAUACCGCCUUUACCGCACUGUGGGAGUUUUUGCCUUGCAUUAAACUGAAACGUACAGCAUGGUCGUUCUUCGAGGGAGGCAUGUCACGCGCUCUCUACCCUACUAAAUCCCUUGCAGUCCGCAAUAGUUGGAAGGCGGGCGUAGACGUCCGACUGGCUGACAUCAUCUGGAGAGUUGGCGCCGGCCCGGGUCGACCUCACUAUUCCGCCUCAGAUCCGCGGGAUAUCGCUUUCGGUCUACUUGGAGUAUUGCGAGCAGAUGAAAUGGGGUACCUUCAGGCAGACUACUCGCUGUCGAUAGAGGAGGUUUUUAUUCAAGUCACCGCAGCUUUGCUGAACAACCCGGAACGAUCCGGCUUCUUUCUUGAUUGCGUACAACCCGGGGACCUGAGCGGGAUCUUGCCAACUUGGGUUCCGGAUUGGCGAGAUAUCGGUCAGUAUGGCAGGGGUACCUAUCCUAUCAGUUAUGUUAUCAGCUUCGAGGCAGCUGUAAAGAAAACCCAACAGCGAGCAUUUACGGACGCCGUGAGAAGAGACGGUACGUUUAGUGUAUGUCUGAGCGGCUGCUGGAUCGACGAGGUCACUGAGGUCAUGGAGGCGCCGGUUUGGCUUCAAUACUCCCAUUACGAAGCAUCGCAGUUGGAGGACCCAGAUGCCUGGGCGCGAUCAGUUAUUGCUUUUACUGGGCUCAACCCCAAAUACGGCGGCCCCGAAGAUGAUCAUGUCUGGCGGACUCUCACAUGCGGUGAAUGCGAUCUUCCACACGACAGUCGGUCUCGACCCUUCAAGGACGAACUCAACCGGUUACGACCUCGCAUGAUGCGUGUUCAACGUGUGGACGCUGCCACACUGACGACCGAAGAGGCAGCAUUUGUGAGGCAAUACUUUAACGGCGGGAUUGAAAAGGGCUCAGCGGUGAGAGUGCCUGUGGAUGAUGAAGAAUUGGAUGUAUUUGCGACUCGUUGGAGACGGAGCAUCGGCUCAAGAACCAGAAACCGAGUCUUAUUCAAGACUGCACAGGGAAUGCUUGGGCUAGGACAUGAUGUGGUUAAAGUCGGCGAUGUCGUCACAUUGAUAUGGGGGACACGCUCUCCAAUCGUCUUGCGAAAGCGAUCAGAAGGGGGCUUCUUUUUCCGGGGAGACGCAUACAUCGAUGGCCUCAUGCGUGGAGAAUACCUCAGCACCGAGCCGGAAGAGAAAGAGUUCGUGUUGUACUAG